UCCAGUCCCCUGCUCUCAAUACCAAGCGGCCACUGGCGGCGACGGGCGGCGGCGGACGGCGGCAUCGGGCUGAGAAGCUCCCGGGAUCCCCUCCCCCAGCUCGACCGCCUCAUCUCAAUCGCAAGCAACUGGCGGCGGCCAUCGGCUGCGGACGGCGACGGCGGGCUGAGCAGCUCCCCUUCCCCAGGUCACCGCCGUCCCCCCCUCUGCUCGCGGCCUCCCCUUCCCAGGUCGCCAGCCUCCAUCGGAUCCCGGCAACGAGCUCGGCCUCCCCUCCGACCAUGAGCAAACAAAAACCAUCACAAGAAAGUCACUGAUGCGUGUUACUCCACUGUCGAAUUUUGGUGCCCAGGAUCUGCAAUCUACUUUGUGGCGGCUUUCUGCGGUUAAGCGGUGCCACAAGCACCACUUAAAAUGGCGACGGGAAAAAAUGGAGAAACCUGCUUGUGAUGACUUGCUGCUAUAGUGUGCUGUCUAUUAUCAAGUACUUCCUCUGUUCAUAAACAUAAGACAUUUUAGAGACUUGUGUCAAGUCUCUAAAACAUCUUAUAUAUGAGGACUUGUGUCAAGUCUUUAAAACAUCUUAUACAUGAACAGAGGGAGUAUAUGUUGAAUUGAUGCUUGAUUAUAUGUUUAUUUUUAUUUAUUUAUGUUGAAACGUUAAAUAGGGUUUAGGAUGCUAUAGCGCACUCCGCUAAGAGGCUAGUGUGCUAUUUAAAACUUUGCUUAUUUAUACUGCUCUACUACUCCAGCAAAGUCGGCAAGGCCAAUGGAGCCGCCUUCCCCACGCACGGCGCUGGAGAACUUGACGCUGGUGGAUGCCGAUGCCCUCGACUGCGGUGUCUGCUUCCUCCCGCUCAAGCCGCCCAUCUUCCAGUGCAUGGUGGGGCACGUGCUGUGCUUGCAGUGCCGCGACAAGCUGGCCUCGGCGCGGAGUUGUCACGUCUGCCGUGCUCCGAUGGACGGCGGCUAUCGCCGGAGCCACGCCAUGGAGAAGCUGGUGGACUCCAUCCGGGCGCCGUGCCCCAAUGCCCCCUACGGGUGCGCCACCAAACCGGCAUACCAUGACCUCCAGCCUCACAUCAAGGCCUGCCAGCACGCGCCGUGCCACUGCCCCGAGGAAGCCUGUGGCUUCGUCGGCAGCACGGAGACGCUGCUGGCCCACUUCACCACGGGGCACGGGUGGCCGUGCACCACCGACGUCCGCGCUGAGGAGUCGUUCCACAUGGAACUCCGCGAGGGCUUCAACGUCGUUGAUGUCGUCGACCUCGACGGCGCCAUGAAGCUGCUGUUCCUGGUAAUGGUGUCGCCUGAGCGCCUCGGACGGGCCAUCUCCGCUGUAUGCGUACGUCCUCCUCGAGCCGACGGCGAUGAACCCAACUUCUAUCUCUAUGGGCUGGAGCUGGAGUUCGACCGCCCCAGUCGAUGGCAUGGUGACCGCCAGAAAUCCUGUUUCGACGUAGAAUGCACUGAUCUUUCCGAUGGGCUGCCGAAUGCCGACGACCGCUUCCAGUUCCUCGUGCCCCAUAUUAUUGUUCUACCAUAUGACGACAAUCCUAUCAACAUCAGAGCCUGUAUUUACACCCAGAUCCGGUAGUUCGGUGCUGGCCGACUACUGCCUCAAACUGCAUAUGCCAAACUCGUUUUUGGAUGUGCAGGCUUGAGCUUGAUUAUGGAUAUCAAAAAUUGGAAAUGCAGAACUCUUCCAUUAAUUUGUGUCAGUUGUUGAGUGAGAUCGAUGUCAAUAA